AUGGUUUAUAAGAGAGCUGAAGGGUUGGUUAUUGAGCGUGGAGGUGAUGGGGGUCGUGGUGAUGGGGGUGGAGGUGAUCGUGGUCGUGGUUGUGGUGAUGGGGGUGGAGGUGAUCUUAGUCGUGGUCGUGGUGGUGGAGGUGGAGGUGAUUGUGGUCGUGAUCGUGGUGGUGGGGGUGGAGGUGAUCGUGGUCGUGAUCGUGGUGGUGGGGGUGGAGGUGAUCUUAGUCGUGAUCGUGGUGGUGGGGGUGGCGGUGGUGGUGAUGAUUGUGGUCGUGAUUGUGAUUGUGAUUGUUGCCAUGAUAUUGAUGGUAUAUCAGGAUCAUGA